AGUCGUCGAUAUUCAGUAAUCAGCCAUUCCUGCUAAAACGCCACAGGAAUUCACUAGUUCAAAAUGUUAUCUGCAACAGUAAGGGCGUUGAAACCGGCCCUCGGGCUCGAAAAAUUAACUCAAGAAACUGCCAAAGCAAUUUCUGCAUUUUCAGUGAACAAACGCAACUAUGCUGCAGCAGCAAAAACACCCCAAGGCAAAAUCGUUGCGGUCAUUGGUGCCGUAGUCGACGUACAAUUCGAAGGUGAAUUACCACCAAUUCUAAAUGCCCUCGAAGUACAAGAUCGUCAACCACGUCUUGUACUUGAAAUCGCCCAACAUUUGGGUGAAAGUACAGUACGAACAAUUGCCAUGGAUGGUACCGAAGGUUUAGUUCGUGGCCAAAAGGUAGCCGACACCGGUUUUCCAAUCAGAAUUCCAGUUGGUGAAGCAUGCUUGGGUCGUAUCAUCAAUGUAAUUGGUGAACCAAUUGACGAAAGAGGACCUGUACUAACCGAUAAGCGUGCUUCCAUCCAUGCUGAAGCUCCCGAAUUCAGUGAAAUGAGUGUCGACCAAGAAAUCUUGGUAACUGGUAUCAAAGUCGUCGAUUUAUUGGCCCCAUACGUAAAGGGUGGUAAAAUUGGUCUUUUCGGUGGUGCUGGAGUCGGUAAAACUGUAUUGAUUAUGGAACUUAUCAACAACGUUGCUAAAGCUCAUGGUGGUUACUCAGUAUUCGCUGGUGUCGGUGAACGUACCCGUGAAGGAAACGAUUUAUACCAUGAAAUGAUUGAAUCCGGUGUCAUCAAUCUAAAAGACAAAAGCUCCAAAGUAGCCCUUGUAUACGGUCAAAUGAACGAACCACCAGGCGCUCGUGCCCGAGUCGCUUUGACUGGUUUAACUGUUGCUGAAUAUUUCCGUGAUCAAGAAGGACAAGAUGUAUUGCUUUUCAUUGACAACAUUUUCAGAUUCACCCAAGCCGGUUCAGAAGUAUCCGCUUUGUUGGGUCGUAUUCCAUCCGCUGUAGGUUAUCAACCAACUUUGGCCACUGACAUGGGUACCAUGCAGGAAAGAAUUACCACAACCAAAAAGGGAUCCAUUACCUCCGUACAAGCUAUCUAUGUACCAGCUGACGAUUUAACUGAUCCCGCUCCAGCUACAACAUUCGCCCAUUUAGACGCCACCACUGUAUUAUCCCGUGCCAUCGCUGAAUUGGGUAUCUAUCCAGCUGUAGAUCCACUCGAUUCCACAUCACGUAUCAUGGACCCAAAUAUCAUUGGUGCUGAACAUUACAACAUUGCCCGUGGUGUACAGAAAAUCUUACAAGAUUACAAAUCACUUCAAGAUAUCAUUGCUAUCUUGGGUAUGGAUGAAUUGUCUGAAGAAGAUAAACUUACUGUCGCUCGUGCUAGAAAGAUCCAACGUUUCUUGUCACAACCUUUCCAAGUUGCUGAAGUUUUCACUGGUCAUCCUGGAAAAUUAGUACCUCUUGAAGAAACAAUCAAAGGCUUCACAAAGAUCCUCGCGGGUGAUUACGAUCAUUUACCCGAAGUAGCCUUCUACAUGGUUGGUCCCAUUGAAGAAGUUGUAAUAAAAGCAGAAAAAUUAGCAGCUGAAGCCGCCGCUUCAAAUUAAGAACAUUCUACAAAAAUUUUAGAGAAUAAAUGAAAAAAAUUUUUUAUAUUCGGUUAGAAGAAACUGAUUUUUAUUUUGAUCUAUUUUAAUUCCCCCAACAAUUAAUUAUGUCACUCUUAGCGAAAAACGUACAUGUGUUAUAAAAAAAAUGUGAUCAUUUUAAAGGAAACAUCAAUUUUUAUGGCUUAGUCAAAAAAUAAUUCUGUAAGAUCAAAAAUAAGGAACUACCUAAUUGUUAACAAAAAAAAAAACUUUAAAUAAAUGAAAAAAAAUUCCAAAAAAA